AUGGUCGACCAAGACCAUGGACCUCGAUUACCUCAAAGGCUUCCUAUGCGUGCUCGGAAAAGCACAUCAUCAGCAUUGAGGAGUCAGAUAGCUAGCGCAUCCGGCAAUGCUCAAGCAGCACCACCUAAGAUCAAACCCGAUCAAGACCAUGGGCCUCGAUUACCUCAAAGGCUUCCAAUGCGUGCUCGGAAAGGCACAUCCUCAGCAUUGAGGGGUCAGUUAGCUGGCGCAUGCGGCAAUACUCAAGAACCACCAACUAAGAUCAUACCCGAUCAAGACCAUGGACCGCGAUUACCUCAAAGGCUUACUAUGCGUGCUCAGAAAGGCACAUCUUCAGCAUUAAGGAGUCAGCUAACUAGCGCAUGCGGCAAUGCUCAAGCAGUACCACCACCUUUAACAUCGCUCUCGGCGAUCCUUGAUCCCUAUCCCUUGGUCGCUGGUAUGCCGAUACCGCGAUCAGCACAACUCCCCUCAUUGUCUGCGAACCCAAGGGUUCACGGAGGUGCUGCAAUGGAGUCUUUAGUCCCAUCAGAUCCCGAGCCCACAGAAGGGAGGGUUCGUACAUCCCAAGCGGGAGGAGGCAGUUUCCCCUUGGAACAAGGCACAAAAUUACCUGCCUCAACUGCUCGGAGAAUUGGAGCGACAGAAUCAGAGGUCCAAGGAGCGAGGCCAUACUCUACAAGCCCAAACAUGGACGUACCUUAUCUUCUCCGCUUACAGGAUCGUGAAGCUCGGACACCUUCACUAUCUUCCGCUUUCUCACGAUGUCUGAUGGAUUUUCCAAAGGGUUUCGAAAUCAUACCGACAUCUGGAGAAGGUUACAUGUGUGGGUUUGGGGCAGUCAUUAAUACUAUGACCGCAAUGCAUCCUUCCUUACCACGGCCUACAGUCAAAGAUCUACAGAACGUCCUUAAUUCGUCAGCAUAUGUAGAAAGUACCGCAGAAUUUGGACUAACCAAUACUGACAACUUCCAUGUUGACCAAAUUGGAGCUGCUUUAUACUUCUGGGGUACGAUUCACCAUGGUCUCAAUCUUCAACUGGGCUAUAUUCCUAGCGGUCAAAUCCCACAGUUGGUACCUCAUCCAAAUGAAGAUCCAACAAUUGUGAUCUGGAUCUCCAAUGAUAACGCCCAGCUUCUAGAAGACCAGCUUCCAGAAGACCAGACACUUAUGCCAACAAUCUUGAAUCAUUUCUCUGGUGUCAAGCCAUUAAAGGACAAGGAUUCAGACGAUAGUGAUAUUAAUGAGCAGAAUGAUCAGAGUGAUGUGCGUGCUACGCCAUCGAUAGCGUUAUCAGAAAGCCCAGCAUUGGUGGAAGAGUCAGAAGUAUUGGAUGUGCUAAUGUGGCUCGCGCCCUCAAAUUUACCCAAGCUACAAGAUGUGUCCGGAGGAAAUUACAAGCGGAGAGAGCGAGAGGCCGAACAUGAUCAGGCUUCGAGGAAGAAGCAGGCUUAUUACUGUACUCCCGAAUCCCGCUCGCAGACAGGUGAAGGAGCUGCUGUCUCAGCCGUUGAUCCGACCGGGCGUCAGACAAGGGGAGAAGCCGAUGCCGCACCCAGUAGAGGGACGGAUUCCGGCAGAAGUGAAGGAGCUGCCGUCCAAGUUGAGGGACAUCCAUAUACGCAUGCAGUCGUCCAUGAAAUUGACGUGCGUGAAAGCUACAUCAACAAGUGCCAAGGAGAACUGUCACCCAAUAAACACAGAUUUCCAGACAGCCGUGUUGGAAAGCACAAGGCUAUACUGAGAAUAUUGAAACGGAGACAGCAGACUCUUGCUGGCGACAUCAAAGAGAUGGAAAGAAUGCCACGGCCCCAAGAAUAUGGUUCCACUGUCCGAAGAAUACUGGACCAGAGUAAGGAUCCUGAGUCGCGUCACAACCUGUUUCGAAGAGAGCUAGAGGGGUUGGUCAGAUGUGAAAUUACACCUGACAACAAGUCUAUGAUUGCAGAACUCAUAUGUGUCAUAAAGGAAGUAAUCAAGGUAAAUGACCCUGUACCCAGGAGCCCUGGGGGACGACUUGUUAGAACCAGUGCUCGGAAGGCAGCUGCGUCUUUUACUCGUUAUGCAGCUGAAAGCCGGCUAGAGGACAAUCGGACCCGCGCCAGGAUAAGGCGUGCCAGACAGGAGCGUGCGGCUCGGGUACGCUAA